CAUGAACUGGAUCCAACCAUAGCGGAAUGGUUUAGGUGAGGCGACUGGCGAGGCAGCACCUGCGUCGUUUGACUUGUAAUCUUCCAAAGAAAACUGAAGCACACCAUCGACUCCUCUUCUUCUCUGCUUCUCGAUUCGAAGAGAGGAGAGAAGUAAUGGCGUUUGCGAAAAUUGCAUUCCUUUUCAACAAAUUUCAGCAGCUUUUAGCAUAUGCGAGUGAGUACUAUGAAGCUCAUUAACUCUCAACGAUUCGCUUUCUGUUGGGUGUUGGUGUUCUAGCUAAGAGUAACACGUUUGCUAAGCAUCCAAGCCAACUACAAUUUGAAGCCGACAUCAACAAGCUGUUUAUGUAUACAAGCUAUAAUCGUUUGGGACGAGAUGCCGAAGAGGCAGAUGCAGAAGAGAUCAUCGAGAUUGCCAGUAAAGCCACAUUAUCUGAGCAACAGAAGCAGGUUCAAGAGAACAUUCACUACCAAGUCGAAAAAUUCUGUUCUUCAAUGGACGAGAUUCUUCUUGCCCAUAUUGACAAGGCAAAGGAACUACAUGAGUCAGGAUCAGAAUCGAGAAGGGAGAAAGAUGUUCCUAUUGCAGAAAAGCUCAUUGUUCCUGAGACGAAACCUUUGAAACUCGCUGAAGUCUCACAUCGAUUAAAGGAUCGUAUUGGCUACACCCUUGACAUCAGACCAUCGUUAAUACCUCAUAAAGAAGCGGGUCAGGGUUGUUUCAUUGAAGGUGAAGCAGAUGUGGGAGCUGUCUUGGCCUUUUACCCUGGUGUGAUCUACUCUCCUGCAUUCUACAGAUACAUUCCUGGGUUUCCGAAUGUCGAUGCUCAGAACUCAUAUGUGAUUACUGGGCAUGAUGGGACGGUAAUAAACGCUCAACCAUGGGGACGUGGAGGAGAAUCACGGGAAGUAUGGAACAGCUCCUUUACAACACCUGAGCUCACAACAGAGGUUACAACUGCGGAAAACGUUACAGACAAGGUAUUAAAGAUGCUGAGGCCGCUUGAAAGUUCGGGUAAUGUAGGAACGGUUCUCGAAAUGAGAAACCCGUUGGCGUUUGGUCAUUUCACCAACCACCCUGGUAAAGACAUGGAUCCUAAUGUCAUGAUUUGCCCGUACGACUUCCCUUUGUCAGAGACAGAGAUGCGAGCUUACAUUCCAAAUGUAGCUUGCGGGAACACAGCAGAUGUAAAGUUGAGGAGAUCUGGAAGCUUCUUAUCUAGGAAAGGGAAUCAUACCAGUUUGGAUGCUCCCGUACUGAAGACACUUGUUCUAGUGGCUACAAGAGCGUUGUGCAAUGAGGAACUAAUGCUGAAUUACAGGCUGAGCAAUUCUAAGAGAAAACCCGAUUGGUAUACUCCAGUUGAUGAAGAUGAAGAUGAAUCUUAGGAGAUUGAGUUAAAAACUCCUGUUUUCAUUUAGUUUCUCUGAAUUUUGGGAACUAGUUUUAGUGAGAAUAAUAAAAAGGAUACAUUUGCAAGA